AUGACUUCAUACUCCUCAAAUAACAAUAACCAGCGAAUAAUUUGGCUCUACCAGUCCGACCCAACAUCAGUCGAUAGUAAAGAAAGAGGAGCAUGGAAGUGUUACUCUGAUUUUGAAUCAGAUUACAUCGAAGAAGCUUAUUGUCGUCAUGAAGAAAAUGUUCAAGUGAAUGAUUGUAUUAUUGACUUGAAAAGCAAAAUUCAAUUUCAGAAAGAUAAGAAAGAGCAUGGUACAUCAGUGAAACGUGAAUCAGUUGACAGAAAAAGUUACGUUCGUAAUGAAAGAUUUUCUUCUAACACUGAACGACCAACACCUAAAUCCUUUACUCCCGGUCAAGAAUGGUACAAGGCUCCAUUGCUUGAUGAAUGGCGCAAUAAAAACGUGACGAUACGAGAUAAUUCAUCUGUUGUUGCUGAACUAGCUGCACAAGGCAUUUUAAUCGAAGGUAAACUACUAAAAAAAGAAAUCGAUGCACAACGAAUGGCUGAUCAACUCAGAAAUUGUGAAGAAAACAAAGAAGAAAUAUUCAAAUGUGCUGUUCGUAUCUAUUCAGCUGCGUCGUUUCUCUUUGCCUUAUUAAAUGAGAGUUUGAGAAAUGAAGAUGUCAGUAAAUCACACACUCUGGGCCCAAUCACUUGGUUGUUGAACAGUCAUAUUGCUCAGAACAGUGUAAUAUAUGGCGAACAGUUUAUUGUCUACCAUGGGGCAACACUGACUGAAGAAAUGACUAGCGAGUAUAUAGAAGCAGUUGGGAAGCAAAUUGUUUGGAGGGGAUUCACGUCGACGUCAAAAAGUCGUGCUGUAGCUGAAAUGUUCUGUGGAAAUGCACUGUUCAUCAUUGCAGUUAAGUAAAAUUCUUUUCAACGUAGACGUGAUAUUUCUUCUAUCUCGCUCUAUCCCGAUGAAGAGGAAGUAAUUUUGACCGCUAAUUUUGUAUUUAAAGUUGAAAAAGUUGAACAGAACAAAACGACAGAUCAUGGAAAAUAUGUAAUAUAUAUGACGGGAAGUGGUUUUUAAAUUGUAAUCAACCAACCAACAGAAGGCUGCGGAUUGUGAGUGCGGGUGCGGGUAAAUAGCAGAUAAAGCAAGUAACGCUCGUCCAUGUGACUCGCUUGACCCUCGACUGAAUAUUCGGCUCCUUUACUGCUAUAUACUGCUUCAUAAUCUUCAACAAAGCUAGUAACCAACGUUUCAAAUGGAUGGAUACUUGUGUAGACGUUUAUUUCAGCGUCAGUUUCGUUAUCGUUAUCGACAAUGAUAUGCAGGUCCAUGUGAUCAUUUUUGUCAUCAAUUCAUCUAAUCAAAUUGAUAUCCAUACAUUAAUACUCAACUGAAAUUUAAGGAACUACACUAUGGCAGCAGUAUCAGCACGCAUUCACAACAAGAGAUUAUAUUUCAUUUUUUCAAAGAUCACAAAGUAAAAUGCGUCAUACUUUUAAAAGUUCUACUAGAAAGUAGUAUGCGUAUCAGCACAUCUGCUAACAGUAUUGUUUACUGGAGCGUCUGCUAGAAAAAUAGGAUCUUAGCUGAGCUUCUAACUUAAAAGAAAUCAUAUUAUAGCUGAUCUGGAAUCAGAAUGCCAUGCUUGAAAGAAUCUCGUACUCCGGGUAUUUAUUAAACUAAAAAAAUAGUGUAAAUAUGUCUGUAUGCAUUCCCACGUGUGAAUGAACGUAGACAAUAACAUACACUAACACAAAAACUCCCUUUUAUUUCAUUCAUACCUAGUUCCGAUACAGCGAAUAUGGAUUCCUUGAGUGACGUUUUUCGUCAUAUGAAUUAAUAAAAUUUUGUGUAUCUGCAGAAAAGCGGUUUUCACACUUUAUUUCAAAAUAUUUCUCAGUUCUUAGCCACUGUUAGUUCCUAUUCAAACUCAGCAGAUCUCGACUGUUGACUAUUAUUCGAUGAGUCGCAACAAUUCGAAGCGGCUCUUGAUAAGGGUGUGGGUGUGGAUAGGCAUGUACCAAAAAUCAAUAACGGCAUUUGAAUAUUUCGAAUUUAUUUUACUGAUUAUGAACUAUAUUAACAAAUUGUUGCGCCAUUAAUAUAGAAGGAAGUCUGCCUUUGACAACUGAACGGAGAAUGAUCAAAUGAACUGUUUGUUGAAAUAACAGAUUGAAAGGAAAUUGAACCACCCUCCAAACCCAAACCCAAACUCAUUGGGAUUGGGUUUUUUGAUUGACUCUAGCAAAUAGUGUAACAACGCUACCGAAAUAUCUCUUUUGGUAUUUUGUAGUGUCACAUCUGUAGUUUUAUUUUUUACUGAUGGAAAAAUCUUGUGUCCUAUUAUUCAGUAGAUAAAGAGAUUUUUCUUCACUUAGGUAAAAACAACCCAAACGGUUUGGGUGCAUGCCUAGGUGUGGGUGUGCAUGUGGGUGUGGAUGUGGGUGUGUGGGUGUGGGUGUGGGUGUGCAUGUGGGUGUGGAUGUGGGUGUGUGGGUGUGGGUGUGGGUGUGGGUGUGGGUGUGGGUGUAGGUGUGGGUGUGGGUGUGGGUGUGGGUGUGGGUGAGGGUGUGGGUGGGGGUGGGGGUGGGGGUGCGGGUGUGGGUGAGGGUGGGGGUGGGGGUGAGGGUGCGGGGGGGG